AUGUCUGAAGAAGGCCCAGAAGGGAAUGCAGCAAACGGGAAAAAGAUCUUUAUAAGAAAUUGCCAAAAUUGCCACAGUGUAGCUGCUGGAGGAAAGCAUGCGAUAGGACCUAAUCUCCAAUCAGUAUGGGGAAGAAAGAUCGCCACUAUCAAAGGAUUCAAAUUCUCAGCAGCCUUAGGAGGUCACAAAGCAGAAACUUGGAAUGCCGAAAACCUCAACGUUUGGCUUGAAAACCCAGGAGGAUUCGCAGCAGGAAACUCUAUGGCUUUUGCUGGUGUUAAAAAUGAGGCUGAAAGAAAAGAUAUUAUUAGGUUCUUAUACGAAUCAAAUCCAAAGAACAAACCUAAAGCUAAAUAA